CUGAGCUGCUUUGUGCAUGUACUGAGCAUCUGCAUGCUCUUCUUUCAUUGGAUAAUGAUCUUUAAAUCAUCUCAUCAUGAAGCCUUCAAAUGAGACUCAAACUGAAAACAUCCUUCUCUGCUAUCCGCUCUUGUCAAACUCCUGUCCGAAACUGCAUCGUCUUGCUGUAGUUCAAGUGGGAUUGUAUGUUUUCCUGUUGCUGAUGAUCCUCACCACAGUUUUCGGGAACCUGCUGAUCAUCAUCUCCAUCUCUCACUUCAAACAUCUGCAGUCUCCAACUCAUCUGAUCGUUCGCUCUCUGGCUGCCUGUGAUUGUCUGCUGGGCUCUUUGGUCAUGCCGUACAGCAUGGUGCGAUCUGUUGAAGGCUGCUGGUAUCUGGGAGAUGUUGUGUGUAAAGUUCAUUCUAGUUUGGACAUGACUUUCUGUAUCUCAUCUUUACUGCAUCUCGGUUUAAUAUCUGUGGACAGGUACUGGGCCAUUUGUGACCCUCUAAGAUACAGAUUAAGGGUCACAAACACCACAGUGACUGUAUUUAUUGUCUUCAUAUGGCUGUUUUCAUUUGUGUACAGCUUUUAUGUUGUUUUUUCAGGUGUAAACACAGUUGGUUUGGAGACUUUUAUCAUGCAGGUUUACUGUGUGGGAAAUUGUGUUCUGUAUUUUAACAAACAAUGGGGUCUUAUAUGUCCAAUUCUCACAUUCUUUCUUCCCGGGACAAUCAUGAGCUCUCUGUAUAUGAAAAUCUUCCAUGUUGCACGAAAACAUGCAAAGGUUAUGUCAGAAAGAGUGACUGGAGGGUUGAAGAGCCAAAGCUCUGCUCAGAGGGAGAGAAAAGCAGCUAAAAUUCUGGCCAUUGUUAUGGGGGUCUUCUUGUUCUGCUGGCUGCCAUUUUUUACAGUUAACGCUCUCGAUCCUUUUUUCAAUUUUUUUACACCAGCUGAUAUUUUUGAUGCUGUGAUUUGGUUUGCAUAUUUGAACUCCACUUGUAACCCUUUGAUUUAUGGACUUUUCUAUCCUUGUUUUCAGAAAGCCUUCAAGAUUCUCAUAUCCACUUAUCUUUGUGGGGUGAGGAAUUUAGACACAUUUGCAUGAGUAUAACAUGCACACAAUUGCUUAUUUCAUUCUUUCAUUCAGUACAUUCUGAAACUAUUUAAAAAGUCAGCAUUUACUGGGUUGUUCUCAUGAAAUGA